GGGGGUGAAAGGGCCUCGGGGACGGAUGCAGAAAUGCACACGCCUGAGCAUGCUGGAAGCCCGUGAGCGCCUGGACCCCCGGCAACUGCGGCGAGCGCCUGCGGAGGAGGCGGGCUGAGCGCGGACUCCCGCCUCGAGACCCGCCGCCCGGCCCGGCGCCCGCGCUCACCAUGGAGACGCCCUCGCAGGACUCGCUGCUGGAGUGCCAGAUCUGUUUCAACCACUACAGCCCCCGGCGGAGGCCCAAGCUGCUGGACUGCAGGCACACCUGCUGCUCCGUGUGCCUGCAGCAGAUGCGGACGAGCCAGAAGGACGUGCGCUGCCCCUGGUGCCGGGGCACCACCAAGCUGCCCCCGGGCUUCUCGGUGUCGCAGCUGCCGGACGACCCCGAGGUGCUGGGCGUCAUUGCCAUCCCGCACGCCUCCGAGCACACGCCGGUCUUCAUCAGACUGCCGAGCAACGGGUGCUACAUGCUGCCCCUGCCCGUCUCCAAGGAGCGCGCGCUGCUGCCCGGGGACGCGGGCUGCCGCCUGCUGCCCGGGGCCCAGCCGAAGGCGGUGGCCGUGGUGAGCGUCCCCGCGGCCGAGCAGCAGCCCCUGCAGCCCGCGGCCCCGGGCGAGGCGGCGGCCGAGGAGCCGGACCGGCGGGGCGCGGCCAAGAGCUCCACCUGGUCCGGCGUGUGCACCGUCAUCCUGGUGGCCUGCGUCCUGGUCUUCCUCCUCGGCAUCGUGCUCCACAACAUGUCCUGCAUCUCUAAGCGCUUCACUGUGAUAUCCUGCGGCUGA